AUGGUGCAACUCAUCGGUAAUUUUGAUUUCGCAGCCUUGUGCCUCCCGACGGUUCCGUGGGGGAAGAGCACGAGGAAAAUGCAAUUCUUUCGCAAGGACGACGAUCUCCCAAUCCUCGUGGCUUUAGUCAUGGGCCUCCAACACGCGUUCGCGAUGGUUGGCGGUCUCAUCGUACCUCCGUACGUCGUGAUGAAAUUCUCCGUCGCGUUCGCCGACACGGAUUUGCAGCAAUACGCCAUCGCGUGUUCGCUCAUUUUAUCUGGUAUUUUUACCAUUUUGAACUGCAUUCAGUUUAACAUUCCGGGCACGAAAUACGUGUUCGGGACAGGGAUGUUGUCCGUUUUGGGCACUUCUUUUGGGUUUUUGCCCAUUUAUGAGAAUGCUAUCAGUACGAUGAAGAGCGAGGGGUACUCCGGGAAAGAUGCGUAUGGGAAGAUGUUGGGUACGACGAUGGUGUGCGCCAUGCUCGAAGUUGUCUUGUCGUUCGUUCCGAAGGAUAAGUUACGAAGAAUGUUUCCGAACAUUGUCACUGGUGUUGCGGUUAUGCUCAUCGGCGCCGGUUUGACGGCGACUGGGAUCAAGUACUGGGGCGGCGGCGCCGUGUGCGCCGAAAUGGCCUGGAAGAAUAACGCCCAGGUUUAUGGUUUGGUCGGUAAGGGAGGCACCUGGUUCGGUCCAGAUCAAACCGGUGUCGCGCCAUUCCCGGGUAGUGGUGGUAGAUCUAUGUGCGAUGGUAACGGUGAUGUUAUCAAACCGUUCGGUUCUCCGGAAUAUAUCGCGCUUGGUUUUUCAGUCGUGCUCAUGCUCAUUCUUGUUGAAUUGUUCGGCUCGCCGUUCAUGAAAAACGCGAACGUUAUCAUCGCGUUGCUCUUUGGUUACUUCGUCGCCGGUGUUUCCAGAGCGGAAGGUAACAAAUUCGUUCCGGACACUAAGAUUGAAAAUGCUGAACCGAUUACGUUUGCGUGGGUGGAAAACUUUCCGAUUGGCUUUUACGGUCCGGCUGUAUUGCCGUUGUUGAUUGCUUUCUUGGUCACAACGGUUGAAACUAUCGGUGAUCUCACCGCCACGUACGAAGCGUCCGAGGAAGACACUGAAUCGGAAGAAUUUGACAAAUCUGUCCAAGGUGGUUUACUCUCGGACGGCUUAUGCUCCUUCGCGGCGGCUUUGGCCACCGGCAUGCCUAACACCACGUUUUCCCAAAACAACGGCGUUAUCGCUUUGACCAAGUGUGCCUCCAGAAGAGCUGGCGUAUGCUGCGGUCUCUGGUUGAUCGCGUUGGGCGUCUUAUCCAAGAUUUCUGGCAUCAUCUCUUCCAUGCCUGAUUGCGUGGUUGGUGGCAUGACGACGUUUCUCUUCUGCAACGUCUUUGUCUCCGGCUUGUCAGUCGUCUCCAAAGCCGACUUAAAUUCUCGCAGAAACCGAAUCAUCUUGGCCAUCUCCAUGGGCGUUGGUUUGGGUGUUACCGCGGUCCCGUGGAUCUUCGGCGACCAAAGAGCGAGUGGUGGUACCACGCCGUUUUGGCCGUGUACCGGUCCGUUCCGCGAAGGCGCCGACUGCAGCAAAGGUGAACGAGGCAUCAGAGACGGUAUUCUCAUCUUAUUGACCACGCCGUACUCCAUCGGUACGCUCUUGGCCAUGUUCUUGCACGCCAUCUUGCCGACUGACAUGGAAGUUGUCGGCUACGGCACCGAUGCUGGUAAAGCGUAA